CAUCUACUUCGAAGCUUCAGACGUUUACUUGGGGAAGAGCCGGUCAGGAACCGACAGAUGACCUGGUUGUGUUCUCGUGAGCGUGUUCUUCUUCUGAUCCAGACAUCGAGUAUCUCUGAGUAAUACUUGGGACAAUGUGGGAGGAACACGAACUAGAAGAAAUCCCUUCUGUAGCAGAACGCAGAGCUGCAUAUGGCCGUUCAAAGGACUGCCAGCUUCUUUCUGGCGCUUUCCCAGAUGCUAAACCCAUUCAGCUACAGCCUCCAGUAAAGGUUACCAGACCCCUCUAUUACCGUCCUAUUGGUGAUGAACCUGUUAAUGAAUAUGCAGGUGCACUUCUUCCUGAUAACUACUCAAAUGCUGAAGCCUACGUUUCUGCAAAAGAUUUAUACUCUGGUCGUCGUAAUGCAGCUGGUGGAGCUAUCUUGGCUGCUGUUGACUCUGAUGCUGCUACUGCUGCCGCCUCCGCAGUCCCUAAGACGGGGACAUGCCCUAAUUGCAAGAUAGGUAACGUGUCCCGGAGCUUCAAAAUGUGCGGGCUGCUGUCCCUGUGCUGGAAGCCUGAGAGAUGUCGGGUGUGUGGCCACGUCAUCACCAGCGAAGAGUAGCCAGCGCUUAGACUAGCUACCUACCAAAACCCUGCGGAAGAUACCUUGUAUACAUUGGUAUACAUGGGUAUACUUGGGGACCCACGGGGAGAAAAAAAACAAAAUUGCGUAAUUAUUUAAUGGUUCCGAGGAACGCCUUGAUUUGCUUGGCUCUUUUAGCCUAGCGGGUGGAGACAAUAACAGCAUGUUGGGAUUUUUAUCUUUUUAAUGCUUAUCUAUAGGUUAUGACUAAGACUUUAGUUGAUUACUUUUAUUUUUGUGGCUGGACAGAUUUCUGAAAGUACUAUUAAAUUUUUACUCUAA